AUGACAGCCGCUCCCGAGUCUCCCAGGCCUCAACUGAAGGCUUUACUGACACCUACUCUCUUCACCAACAUCCGCCGAGUCUGGUUCGCCCACAUCUCUGAUGCCGAACACAUCUUUGUCCCAUCGCUUGAAGAUGCCUUACACUGGUUCACUCGGAAUGAAGAGUUCGAUGGCGUUUGCAGGGCAGAGUUUGGCUCCACAUUAGCGGCCCUCGAGGGGUUGACCUUUGACGGGUCAGACAUGAUCGCGGCAGCUGAACUCACGUCUCCGCUUGACUGGAUGAGCCUGAUCAUCCUUCUCGACCAGAUCACGCGAAACUGCUUCCGCAAUGACGAGGCCGGCAGGGCGUAUGGUUUCUUCGACGAAAGGUGUCUGCAGCUGGCACUCAAAGCGAUCGAGAGAAGGAUCCCUGAAGACCCGGAGAUUCGGUACCGCCAGGCAUACAGGUUCUGGUUCUACAUGCCUCUUGAACAUUCGGAGAGCAUGCAGAUGCAAGACAUGUUGUUUUCAGAGCACAGGCGCAUGUUCAGCGACACUCUCUGCGUCCUCUAUGGGCUGAAGACAGAACUCGGAGAAGACAUGCAGGCGGUCCUCUCGACCAAAGAAGUGCUCGAACGCCGGCGGCCCGCUCUUGAGCCCUGGAUUGGAACGCUUUCCAGGAUCGUAACCGAACAUAGAAAUGUUCUGGAGCGCUUCGGGCGGUACCCGCAUCGGAACCAAGCUUUGAAACGAACUUCUACGGCCGCUGAGGUGGCUCAUUUGAAGAUUCGCGGGUAG